UUAGAGCUAUGUAGCCUGGGGUACGUUUGCCGCCUGCAUAUGGCUCCCUCGGUUUCUCCUGCAGUCAUGUCGGAGGCUUCUAGCGAAGAGGAAGAGGUCGCGAGCACCUCGUGUGCCGUGAGCAGGAACCCAAUGGUCGCAGACGCUCGCAGUCUCCUCGCUCACGUCGUAUCGAAGCGGAGCGUGCAGUACAACGCCUUCAAGGAAUCGUGGACGGAGCAGGAGUUCUGGUUCGUCUACUGCGCAGGCACGGACCCACUCCGGAAAGAAGAGGUCGUGACGUGUCUGGUGGCGGAGGGGAUGCGGUAUCUAAUCUCCAGGAGUCGUGACCACGAGCGACUGGCUGGCCUCUACCUCAUCUACACCGUCUUCUGCACUCAACCACUCAACCCUAAAGCCUUGAUAAGAGUGACUGCAGAUGACUGGACAGCUCUUAUUGAACUGCAAGAAGUGAUCAGAGAAAAGAAGGUCCGUGGGUAUACCAUGGGGUGUGCUAGCUAGCUACUAAUCACCAGUGGUAACACUGACAGUAUGCAGAGGCAGGCUACAUUCUGCACUACCUGAGAAAAGAGAGAGCCUUCACACUUACCUACACCUCACAGCAGGUAUAUGUACAUGCCAUUCAUUGUUCAGUGUGUGUGUGUUGUAUCAAUAUGUCUGUGAAUAGUUCUGAAGUCACCUCUUUUGCCAUGUUACUUUAGUCAGUUGACUCAUUCACUAGGACGACCAGUUGAUUUGCACAAGACUGCAACAACUGUCAGACCAUAAAGGUGUAGUUAAGAGUGACAACAGUGGCCAGCAGCUCCAUCGUACAUUCCUGACCAGUUCUCGCAGUCUCCACCCAAAGUUCCUCUCCUCUCUCUCUAAGGAGAUAGAGGAGCAUAUGUCAGACUACCACUCGACCAAAGACCAGAGGAAAGUCUUUUUCCCCCAGCAUCUCCUCAACCCUCCACAGCUCCCCCAGAAACUCAGCAAGAUUGCCUCUGAUUAUGAUACAUGUGUCACUGAAAAGCUCGCCAAAUUCAGAGAAAGAUAACCAAAAUCACUCUCAAAUUUUUUUAAUACUUUUUGAUUAUGCGCGCGAGAA